UCUCUCCCAGGGUUUUAGGAAGCAGUGUAGUGACCGUGAGAGUGAGGCUCCAAUGGCAUCAUUCGCAGCAUCGCGUUGGCGGGCAGUUUUCGAGGGAACGAGGACGCUUAUGGCCCCUGCAAAGACUGUAGCUAAUUCAACUGCAGAAGCGAAGAAGCCGACGACGACGACUCGUUCGAACCUGGGCAUACAGAAGUUGGUUCCGAUCUCUCCCCAGCUCGGCAAAUUCCUCGGUGGUGUCACCGAGUCCUCUCGCACCCACGCUGUCAAAAAGAUCUGGGAAUACAUUAAGCUCCACAACCUCCAGAACCCAGCAAAUAAGAAGGAGAUUUUCUGUGAUGAGAAGCUGAAGGCCAUUUUUGAAGGGAAAGACGCAGUUGGAUUCCAAGAAAUAGCCAAGCUGCUCUCCGUACAUUUUGUGAAGUCUGGUUGAUGCUUGGGCUUUUAUGGACCUUUGCUGCUUGUGAUGCUCUCUGAUCCUUUUCUACCACAGCUGAAGGACCCUUUCCCAGUUUUUUCCCUUUUAUUUUGCUAACCUAUUGGGUUUUAUGUUUGGACCUGUCAUCCUUGAUUUAGGACAUGGUCUAGAAAUCCAGUUCGACUUACCACUGGGGAAAAUGUGUGAUAGGUCUCUAUGUAAAAAAAUUGUUUAAAAAAAUAUUCACUCUGGUGGUAUUUUGGCAUUGCAAAUUGGCUAAGGUGAAAACACAUUUUGGUUGGGUUAUUCAUGAAAGUUCUUUGAAUUAUUAGAAUUA